UCCGCAGGACAGAAGGGGGCAGGGUCCCCGCAGCCCCUGGUCUCAGUCCUGGUCCCUCUCCGCCGCCUCCCGGGACUCCUGCAGCCCCAAGAAGCAGCAGCCGGCCAGGCCUCUGCCUUUAACUCCUCCCCACCCCCACCCCAUCUGCUCUGUGCCUUCUGGAACUCCCGGAAGUUUCCAACUGGAGGUUUAAUUUCAAAACUCCUGUUCUUCAGCAGUUGGUCCUGGGGUGGCUGCCUUGACCCUCGCUCUGAGAGGCUCCGCUCUCAGGAUGGAGGCCCCAGCUCCGACCCCUCGCCCGCGGAUUUUGGACCACUCUUCCAUGUUCUGCUUUUUCCAUAGUUUGGCUAGGAGCAGGGACAGCCGGAAGAGCCCUGGCCAGGCGCUGGUACCACAGCUCGGGGUCAGCUCCCUGAUGCUUGGCUGCGGAAGGAGGGAAGCAGGGCCACCUGCCACCCUGCAGGGCAGCCCAUCUGUGGCCACACCCAAGGGCGCCACCCAUCUGCCUUGGCUGGAUCCCUUGGGGCUGGACAUGGGCGACAUGCGGGUCCACACCCCCGACCCCAAGGAGGUCCUGAGGGUCCCGGCCCAGGCCGUGGAGGUAAAGGCAGUGCUGCCCACCGGAAGCCAGGAAGCGCUAGGCAACCCGUCUGAGGAAGGGAGGGAAAAGGAGCAGCCAGCCUCCAGGGACAGGUGGGAUGUGACAGCGGCCCCUUGCGUCCUCACGGCGCUAUCCACAGGAGACCCCAGCUUGGCCUCUUCCAAGGCGGGGCUGACCCCCUGGAACCACCUCCUCAGUUUGUACAAGCAGCUUCAGAAAUCAGCCCUGGUCAAGGAAGCCCUGCUCCAGGAGGAGGAGGAGGAGGAAGAGGAGGAAGAGGAAAUGGAGGACGAGAAUAGCUCACUGCAGCUGUGUGUCCCAGGCUCUGGCACCCUGCAGUCACUGAUGACUAAGACUUUUCAGCCAACGGACACAGUGGGCUUCGUGGAAUCCGAGCUGAAGAAGCUUCUGGCGGGACAGCAAGAGUCCCGCCUCUGGAAGACGGGUAGCCAGGAGGGCCGGAAGUUGCUGAGCCAGCCAGAGAGCACGCUGGAGGAGGCCGGGUUGUGAAUGGCCAGCACCGCUCUCCAAGGAGGUGGACGAGAUGGGAGAUUGCCUUCUCUAGUGAAGUGGGCCAGCCCCACCUCCUGGCCCCAGCUCUCUGGAACCUGCCGAGACGCGCACUUCUCUUCCCGGGGUUCAUCCAAGGCUGGGGGGGGGUGCUUGGGUGUGUGUGCAGGGCGAGCCGUCCCCACCAGCACGCUCAGGCCUGUGAUGUCCUAAUAAACCUGCUCUGACUUUG